AUGGAAAACAAUAGUUCUGUUACAUAUAAAGAGGACAUUCCUAAAACAGAUCUCUGCAGUAAUACCCACAAAAAUCAGCAUAACUCAGCGAACGGUCAUUCAAUUCAAACCCCUCCUUACAACGCAUGCGUGAACCAGGAAAAUGUUAAAAAUGGCUCCCAGAGUAAUCUAUACGGUGGCUAUUACGCAGACUGUUUUAAGAGUAAUAACGCAGUAGACACCACUCCGCAGAAUAAUUUCUAUAGAACAUUUUCAGAAACGUGCCGCACACCUACGAAUCCUAGCAUUGAACCUACUUUUUAUGAUUCCUACACCGUUCCAUUCAGUAUUGCCGUAACACACCCAUCUUCCCAAUCCAGUCCGCAGGGCCAUCAUCAUCAACGAUCCCCGCCGACUCCUCUGAAUACAGCGCGCCAACGAAACCAAUUCCCACGUCAAAAGUUAGCCAGCAGGCGCACGAGUUUUCAGGAUUCCAAUCCUGACAGCCAGAAUCAGCGUUAUGUAAUGCUGCGAGAGAUCACACCAGAAAUAUACCACAACACUAAGCAGUUUGAGAAGACAUUUCACCUUCCAAACGUCUGUCCUCAGGCAACGAAAAAGGCUGCAAACGAACAGCCGGCAGGCACAACAGCAAAAAGCAAGCAUAGGUCCGCCCCACAUCGCCUAGCUAACACCCACAAAAAAUCCACAGUUGGUCAUGGGCGAAAAACAGAAACAGCUUCUCAGACAUUAAUCAGUGGACAGGAUGUUCUGCUUUCCAGUUACGUCAUUGACGACGAUGGGCUCGCAUCAGAAAUGGAAGGUGCCUCUCUUAAAAAGAGGGGAAGGCCUUUCAAGAAAAUCUCGUCUCGCUUGCUGAAGUGUGCUUCGAAGUCAUUUAGAGACGCGGGGAAAUCACGCACUAAAAAAUCUCCCAAAUGGGACAAGCAGCCUUCGGAAAAGGCAACCCUGAAGACGAAGUCAGACGCCUUGGCAGACGAUAUGUACUUGUGGGCCGACGAUUUUAGCUUAGAGGAAAUCAACAAUGUUGAACGUUCACCUUCGAGCUUGUUCCUCCGGUCAAAGAGCAGACAUUUCUUUGAAAACGCUCGUGGGACGCCCUGCAUUAUGUACCUCAAUUCGUGGGACGCCCUGUAUUAUGUACCUCAACUCGUGGGACGCCCUGUAUUAUGUAUCUUAGCUCGUGGGACGCCCUGCAUUAUGUACCUCAGCUCGUGGGACGCCCUGCAUUAUGUACCUCAGCUCGUGGGACGCCCUGCAUUAUGUACCUUAGCUCGUGGGACGCCAUGCAUUAUGUACCUCAGCUCGUGGGACGCCCUGCAUUAUGUACCUCAACUCGUGGGACGACCUGCAUUAUGUACCUCAGCUCGUGGGACGCCCUGCAUUAUGUACCUUAGCUCGUGGGACGCCAUGCAUUACUUACCUCAGCUCUUGGGACGCCCUGCAUUAUGUACCUCAACUCGUGGGACGCCCUGUAUUAUGUACCUUAGCUCGUGGGACGCUAUGCAUUAUGUACCUCAGCUCGUGGGACGCCCUGCAUUAUGUACCUUAGCUCGUGGGACGCCAUGCAUUAUGUACCUCAGCUCGUGGGACGCCCUGCAUUAUGUACCUCAACUCGUGGGACGCCCUGUAUUAUAUACGCGGUCUACGGAGAAGAUAUCUAGGAGGCUUCUGUGGGACGCCCUGCAUUCUGUAUCUCAACUCUUGAGACGCACUGCAUUAUGUACCACAGCUCGUGAGACGCACUGCAUUAUGUACCAGUAA